UGCAUUAUAUUGCAGCCAUAAAUUUGAAGAGAACAGCUCCGGUGGAAUCGGCGUUUCGGGAAAAUCUGCAGCGUGUGGGGAGCACGUUCGCGUCGAUCGAGUUACGGACAAAAAACGAAGAAGGCAAAGCGGCGGCGUGUCGAAGCCGUCGGACGUGAGAUUCGACUGGACGCCUGCCUGAGCAACGGCUCGGCGGCUUAUUAUCCGCCAAGCUCAGGGCCGAGCACAGCAGUCCAGGCGCGCCGGCUGAUCGUCAUUCUUGUCUUGAACGUGCGCGGGCGCGACAAAUGAGAUCAGCUUAGUCAGUGCCGCGGGGGCCCACCACACUCGCGGGCUCGACUCGUUGGCUUGGUGCGCCGGCAACUUCUGAAUGAAUUGGCGAAAAGUGGAGUGGCGGCUGGCGGUGGGAUAGGGCGGAGAGAGAGAGAAAGAGAGAGAGAGAGAGAGCGAGAGCGGUGCGUGCGUUGUUCAAACACGGGGAGGCAGCUUUCGCUCGUUUUCCUCUCGUAUCUCGUAUCUCGGCUGUUUGCCGUGCCGCCGCCGUCUGCCUCCCUCCUUUCGGAGCCGUUUACCGCGCGGCAUAUCCUGCUGCACCGGCAGCCCGGCGGCACUAGGCAGUGAUCAGCAUCAGUCGCGUGCCGCGCGCGCUCCGUAUCGCCACGACCUUGCGUCCACGCGUGCAACGACGGCCACCUUCUUCCACUCUUAUCUCCGCUUGCUCCGUCCACCUGUUCUUCCAUUGCUUGCCAUCGUUAUCUCAGUGUCUUUCCGCAAAAUGUACUCUCUAAUGAUUGUUCUUAUUAGUCUUAUCGCUCAGUGUUUAGUUCGCAUCGACGAUAAGUGAACAACUUUGUUGGCAAGAUGCCUGAUAAAUUUUCAUUUAACAAUGUUACCUCGUUACUUUUUUUAAGUCCGCAAAAAUGCCACGAGUACACGAGGCUAAAGCUGAUUUGCUGAAUGUCAUCAAACAGUUUGGGGGUUCACGCUUAGCGUCAGCGUUAUUAUAUUACAACGAGCUGAAAACAAAUGAUCAGUGAAAAAUUAAGUCACACUCAGUUCAAAGAAUAAAGGCAAAUUGAAAAGUGAAAAAUGCAGUGUUUGAUAAGUUGAAAUAGUGACCGUAUAAUAUCGUUUAAAAUCGUUUAAAAUCGGAUUUUAAAAAACUCGUUGUUGAAUCGAUGCUCCCUCAUAUACCUUCGCACAGUCAUCAAUGACGUGUUAGCGUUGACUUAACCUCGCGGAAAGAUCACAGUUGAAAAUAAUAAAUGAUGAGAUAUCGGAAUGAGAAGUAAAAACGGAACGGGUAUUUGCAGUCGGGGGCAGCAGAGUCGGAGGUGCGCGGGACAAUAUCAAGCUUGCCGGGGCAAUUGGCCAUCGUAGAAGGGAAGCCGGAAUCGAAGCCGGACAUGCCAAGAGACGCGGAGAGCAUCGCCGAAGAAAGGCUCAAGUGCGGCUUGUUAUGGUUUCGGCCGUCCUACUUGCAAAAGUUUCGCAGCGCCAAGUGGGCGCUUUUUUGGCUGUGCUGGGCUGGCGCCAUGCAAGGAAUGAUCGUCAACGGAUUCAUCAACGUGGUGAUAACGACGAUCGAGAAGAGGUUCGGAUUCCGUUCGUCGCAAACUGGACUGAUAGCCGGAGGAUACGACAUCGCCAGUUUCCUCCUGCUGAUUCCGGUGAGCUACUUGGGCGGACGGUCGAGCUCGAGCAAGCCCAGCUACAUCGGAGUUGGCGUGCUGGUGCUGGCUGUGGGCAGCCUGCUGUUCGCUUCCCCGCACUACUUGGCUAGCUCCUACAGAGGGGCCGACCAGCCGGAGAACACCUGUGGAAGCUCGAGCAACUCGUCGGCGCGCAGCGACGCCUCGCCGCGGGCCGAGCUGGAGCCGUGCACUGGCCUCUACUUGGCCAUGUUCUUCGUGGCCCAGCUGCUGCACGGCGCGGGCGCCGCGCCCUUCUACACCCUCGGCGUCACUUAUCUGGACGAGAACGUCAGCAAAAAAAUGUCCUCGGUGUAUCUCGGCAUUUACUACACGAUGGCUGUGAUCGGUCCGGCUCUCGGCUACGUCGUAGGAGGACAACUGCUCAAGCUCCACGCGGAUUUCCUUCGCGUUGAUCCGGCACAAAUUGGAUUAACGCCCGACAGUGACGUAUGGAUUGGAGCUUGGUGGAUCGGCUUCCUCGCAGGUGCACUGAUUUGCUUGGCGGUAGCCUUUCCAAUUUUAGCUUUCCCGGCCAUUCUUCCUGGAUCGGAAGACUUAGCAAAGGAAAGAGUGUCCGAAGCACAUGAAAAGUCAUCUCACAAUUCAGGAGCCAGCGAAGCAUUUUCCAAAAUUCGCGAAUUGCCUCGAGCUUUAACCGAAUUACUAGGCAAUCCAGCAUUUUUCAUGCUAAAUCUUGCUGGGGCUAGCGAAGGUUUACUCGUAGCUGGGUUUGCAGCCUUCCUUCCGAAAUUAAUAGAAAAUCAAUUCAGCGUUAGCGCUAGUCUAGCAGCCAUGCUUAUGGGAUUGGUGACAGUGCCUGCCGGUGGCGGAGGUACAUUUUUCGGAGGCUAUUUAAUAAAGCACUGGAAUUUAUCUUGUUCCGGCAUUAUUAAGUUUUGUACUAUUGCGACUGGCAUAUGCAUCGCAUUCACGCUCUGUUUUAUAUUGAAUUGUCCCAACUUGGACUUUGCUGGGAUUACUGUGCCGUACAUCAACGAAGUAAAGACUUCUGUUCCAAAUCUCCAUAGUACUUGCAAUGCAGGUUGUGCUUGCUCAACGUUCCAUUUCAACCCAAUUUGCGGUAUUGAUGGAAUAACUUAUUACUCUCCGUGUUAUGCUGGUUGUUUAGAAGAAAUUUCGCUAUCAGAUCAUAAGGUAUACAGAAAUUGCAGCUGUAUCCAAGUUUCACCAUCGAAGUUACCAGGCAGUUUGCACGAGAAAGACAGCAUUGAUUACGAAGCUAAGAAUACAACGUGCGAUAGUAAAUGCAAUUACUUGUGGAUUUUUAUUGGGCUUGCGUUCGGCAAUAUGCUCAUAACAUUUUUGUGUACAAUGCCUGCACUUGCGGCGACUCUACGCGUCGUUCGCGAUGACCAAAGAUCUUUCGGCCUGGGUAUCCAGUGGAUUAAAGUACGCUUAUUGGGAACGAUUCCGGCUCCGAUCAUUUUUGGCGCUCUCAUCGAUGAUACUUGCAUGCUUUGGCACGAAACUUCUGACGGUCGAGGUGCUUGCCUUGUAUACGACAAUUAUUACAUGAGCAGAUACAUGUUUGGAUUAGCCUUUGUCGGAAAACUAGCAUCUCUCCUGUUCUUUUUCUUAGCAUGGUGGUGGUACGCACCACCUGGAAGUAGAAGAGUCAAUCCCGAACCGCAGCCAGAGCCAAUUGCAACAUUGGCCAUAGCAGAUGCAUCAAUGCAACAACGCAUUGAUUAGUUUAGUUGAUAAUUACCGAACGCUAGACGCUCUUUUGACUUUUAUUCACCUUAUCAUUGUCAUAAUCAACUCAAAAAACUUUCGAUAAAUACGCGGUCAACUUUUUCUACGUUAGCAAUAUCGAUUGCUUGUACAUAUUCUGCGACUUGUAUGAUAUAAAUCAUGUACUAUAAAACAAGCUAUAAGUUAUAUACAUUUUUCUUUUUUUCAGCAUCCUUUUUCAUAUUAUCUGCUAUGUUAAUUGUCUACAGAUAAGCAUUAAGUUAUCACUAAGUAAAUCUCUUGAACAUUUACACAAUCAAAAUAAACA